AUGGUCAAUACUUACAGUAUAUUCGGUCAAAAUGAGUCAAUAAGUUGUGAAUAUGUUUUAAGUACUACUCAAGGCUACAUUUGCUAUCUUAAAAUAACCAAUCCUAAUGGAUUCAACAAUUUUACUGCGAUUAAUGGAACUCAUUUAGCUGGAAUGACUGAUAAUGAUGUCAAACUUAUAUCUUCAUCGAAUCCACAGUCAAAUACAUCAAACAUUCCUUCAAUAUUUUGUGAAAAGUUCAAGAACGCAGAGAAAAUAAUAUUGUACCUUAAUAAAAUCCAAAGAAUUAAUGAUUAUUCAUUUAAAAACUGUAAACAGCUGUUAUCUUUGGAAUUAAUUGGCAAUUUAAUCACCGAAAUUGACGAAAAUGCAUUCGAAGAGAAUACAAAACUUGAUAAAUUGUACAUUGGAUUAAAUCCUAUCAAAGAUUUGCCAGAAAACCUUUUUGAGCCGUUAAAGAAUUUGACAACAUUAAGCAUCAGUAGAUGUGACAUUGCAACACUUCGUUCAGAAUGGUUUGAGCCACUCGUAAGCUUACAAUCUUUACAUAUUUACGAGAAUCCAAUAGAAGUAUUUCCAAAGAAAAUUUUUGAACCUUUAAUAAAUUUACGUGGACUUUAUGCACAAAAAUGCAAUCUUAAGGAAAUCAGUUCCGAUUCAUUUGGGAUCCAUCCACAAUUGGCAACCUUUUCCUUUACUUUGAAUGAAAUUGAAGCGAUUGAUGAAAGGAUUAUUGAUAAUACAAAUGCAACAUACUUUUACAUGACAUCGAACAUAUGUGCUGAUAUAAAUAUUACUGAUACAUCUGCAUCGAGACAGUCAAUGAGGACAGCCUUAAGGAAUUGCUUUGAUAAUUAUGAGGAGCUUUUUCCUGAAACUACAACAAUUAUUUCAACAACUACACAACCAACAACCAUUACUUCCACAACAACAGAUGUUUCAACUACAACUCCAACAACCACAACCUAUGCAACAACGACCACCCAAACUCUCCCACCUGGAUGCAAUGUUGGAAAUUUAGAUGAAAGAUUGUGCAAAAUUGAAGAUGUAAUUGAAGGAUUUCAUGACAACUUCAAAGAUAUUAAGGAUGGAAAGGAGGAAUUGCAGGAAGCUUUAGAAAAUCAGAAUGCAUUGAUUGCCGAGAUAUUAGAAGAGAAUCAGCAACAGAAACUAUUAAUAGAAGGACUACAAAGUGAAUUGAAAGCAAAAAGUGACAAUUUUGGAGCAACUUUAGAGGAUUUACAGGAACAAGUUUUAAUAUUAAGCACACGACCUUGUUCAUGCUAUUAAAUACUUUUUAUCAUGUUAUUGAAUCAUAUAAAGCAGUGUUGUCUAAACUGUCUGCCGCGGCACACUAGUUUGACAUAGAUUUUUUUGGAAAUGACAUGCUGUGCACGAUUUUAAUCAUGGUUUCUUUCUCAAAAGUGCCGCGGCUCAAAAGGUUUGGACAACACUGUCUUAGAGGCACAAGUGCACAAUCUAAUCUUUUUUUUCAUAGUUGAACAACAUGCUUAAGAUUUGUUAGCUAUCAAUAAAUAUGUUAUCCAUAGUUUAACUAGCUUUUAAAUGAUUUUGCGAUGAUAAAAUAUUUUGCGAAAAUUCUUAAGAUUUUCUUUGAUUAUAAAUGGCAAUGUUAUUAAUUCUAUGAUUACCCUUGCUGUUAAUUUGAAUUUAGCUUCACAGCCCUCCAGACAUGGAUAAUUAAGUUCCUCUGAAUUUUUUUUUUUGACUAAUUCUAGGAAAAAAACGUUUUUUCAG